AUGGACAUGAAAUUUCUUCUAUACACUUUUGUGGCUUGCACCACUUUUGGCAAACUUCUGGCCGACCUAGCUCCUGUGAACAUUUGCAGUGGCGUUGCCGAUAAGAUAUUCCUACCCUAUCUUGGCGACUGCACGAAAUAUUACAUCUGCAUGAGCGGUCAACCUAUAGAACGUGAAUGUGAAUAUGGCUACCAUUUCGACUCAAAGGAGCAGAGUUGUACUUACCCGGACGUGGCUAAGUGCCUGCCCACAUGCAGCAAUGCGCUGUCGUCCUUCUGCUAUGAUCGUACAUGCACAAAAUAUGUGCUCUGCUAUGCGGGUACACCCAUUCUACGCGAAUGCUCUGAUGGGCUGCAAUAUAACGCCGAGACAGAUCGUUGUGACUUUCCACAAUAUGUGGAUUGUGUGGACAAUAUGUGCACCAUAUUCAACGAUCCAGGAAAUAUCACCUUCCUCACCAGCAAGGCGUCGUGCGAUAAGUACUUUAUCUGCAUGGAUGGGUAUGCUUAUGCGCAGAAUUGUUCCAAAGGUUUACUAUUCAAUACGGCUUGUAAUUGUUGUGACUUCGCGGAGAGGGUCAAUUGCACUAUCACUGCUGCGACGCGCAACAUCAUUCCUUAUUCAAAAAUGCCACCCAGACGCGCUGACAUCGAGUGUCCCGCCGUAGGUGCCAGUUUUAUUGCCCAUCGUGAUCUAGCCAAGUAUUAUUAUUGCCUGAAUGGCAUGGGUGUUGUACUUGAGUGUACGCCGGGACUUGUUUACGAUGCUAAAUUGGAAACUUGUCGUACGCCAGAAAAUGUUGCACGCUCUCCCGGCAAGGCAGUGGUUGCCUAA